CUCAUAAUUUGUUUAUGGAACCCGCAGUUACUUCAUCAUUGUACUCUCUCUUUCAACCUCAAUUCAGUCGGUGUCUUUCCUUCAAAUGUACUCCGUAACGAAUUACUCUGAUCAAUAACAUAUCAACUAAUUUCUUCGACCUAUUAGAUCUCAUCUUCCAAAACCUACCAAAAUAAAAUUUUAAUUCAUGACUCUGAAUUAAAACCUAAAUCAUGGUGGAGACACUGGGCGUAGGGCGCUUUCAUUUCCACCACUCCCGCCUCGACGUCCGGCGCUGGGUCCCGACAUUUCUCUCCUCUCACAAGACUCUUUUCACCGUCCUAUGGAUGGCCGCCUUCGCUUCCGUCUUCCUUUGGCAGCGAAACGUCGUCCUCGGAGGCUUUUCUUUUUUUAGAUGGGGAGUCUCUGCCAGGCCGAUCCCUACUUUGAGACCUGUGGCUUUUAAUUUAACGGAUUUUGGUGGAGUGGGAGACGGCUUGACUGUAAAUACGGAGGCUUUUGAGAGAGCGGUUUCUGCUAUUUCUAAGCUCGGUAAGAGAGGUGGCGCACAGCUUAAUGUGCCUCCUGGAAAAUGGCUUACGGCGCCGUUUAAUCUAACUAGUCAUAUGACUCUUUUUCUUGCUGAGGAUGCUGAGAUUCUUGGAAUCCAGAAUGAGAAGUAUUGGCCACUAAUGCCUCCAUUGCCUUCAUAUGGUUAUGGGAGAGAACACCCUGGCCCACGUUAUGGGAGUUUGAUCCAUGGGCAAAACCUUAAAGAUGUUGUCAUAACAGGACAUAAUGGAACCAUCAAUGGACAAGGACAAACAUGGUGGAAGAAAUAUCGCCAAAAGCUUCUCAAUCACACGAGGGGCCCACUUGUGCAGAUAAUGUGGUCAAGUGACAUUUUGAUCUCUAAUAUAACUUUGCGUGAUUCCCCGUUUUGGACACUCCAUCCAUAUGACUGCAAGAAUGUAACAGUCAGAAAUGUUACAAUCUUGGCUCCAGUAUUUGAAGCUCCAAACACUGAUGGAAUUGAUCCUGAUUCAUGCGAGGAUAUGGUGAUUGAGGACUGUUAUAUAAGUGUAGGUGAUGAUGCGAUUGCAAUAAAGAGUGGGUGGGAUCAGUAUGGCAUAGCUUAUGGACGGCCUUCGAUGAACAUUCUCAUCCGUAACCUUGUUGUUCGCUCGAUGGUCAGUGCAGGUGUAUCAAUUGGCAGUGAGAUGUCGGGUGGUGUAUCAAAUGUCACUGUGGAGAACCUCCUGGUCUGGAGUUCACGGCGUGCAGUUCGGAUCAAGACUGCCCCUGGAAGAGGUGGAUAUGUUCAACAGAUAACCUACCGAAAUCUGACAUUUGACAAUGUCCGAGUUGGGAUUGUAAUCAAGACAGACUACAAUGAACACCCUGAUGAAGGUUAUGACCCAAAGGCUCUUCCUAUACUUAGGGAUAUAAGCUUCACUGGAGUCCAUGGUCAAGGAGUGCGUGUGCCUGUACGUAUCCAUGGAAGCGAUGUAAUUCCAGUGAGAAAUAUUACUUUCCGAGAUAUGUCAGUGGGAAUAACAUAUAAGAAGAAGCAUAUAUUCCAGUGUGCCUUCGUUCAAGGUCGUGUAAUAGGAACCAUCUUCCCUGCCCCUUGUGAGAACCUUGAUCUAUAUGAUGAGCAAGAACGGCUCGUUAAGCGCUCUGCCUCCCAGAAUGUGACAGAUAUAGAUUAUGAUUUUUGAGGAGGGAGGUCAAAGACUUCAAUGUAUUUCUGUAUGAGAUAACUACAAUGGGUGAAAUUGGAGCAGUUGAUUUUGUUGUUAUGUUCCUUGACAUAUUACUGUUUUUGGCUCCAUUUUUAUGGCUUUUUCUUCACGGUAUUGUAUGUACAGAAAAUUUUCAGUUGUUUAUACGUUCACAAGGGAACAGAAAUGCAUAGUUUUGGCUACACCAUCCA